UGGAAAUGGCCCAGCUCGGCUCUGUCGUGGCAGUCGCUGCUGCCAUUCUUGCUGCCAUGAUCUUCUCGUCUGUACACAAGGUGGAAGAGGGUCACAUCGCUGUUUACUAUAGGGGUGGAGCAUUAUUGAAGGCAACGAGUGGUCCAGGAUUCCAUCUCAUGCUGCCCUUUAUCACCACUUUCAAAACUGUCCAGAAUACCGUCCAGACAGAUGAAGUAAAAAAUGUCCCUUGUGGUACAAGUGGUGGAGUCAUGAUAUACUUCGACAGGAUCGAAGUGGUGAAUUUCCUCAUUCCAAAUGCAGUGUAUGACAUUGUGAGAAACUACACGGCAGACUACGACAAGACACUGAUUUUUAACAAGAUCCACCACGAGCUGAACCAGUUCUGCAGCGUUCACACUCUGCAGGAAGUCUACAUCGAACUGUUCGAUCGGAUAGAUGAGGACCUGAAGUUGGCACUGCAGCAAGAUUUAACAGCCAUGGCCCCAGGCCUGAUUAUCCACGCAGUCCGGGUGACCAAACCCAACAUUCCAGAAACCAUUCGCAGGAACUAUGAGUUAAUGGAGAGUGAGAAGACCAAAUUACUGAUCGCAGCGCAGAAACAAAAGGUGGUAGAGAAGGAAGCUGAGACUGAACGGAAAAAGGCGCUCAUUGAGGCAGAGAAGGUAGCUCAAGUGGCUGAGAUUAAAUUUGCCCAGAUGAUAAUGGAGAAGGAAACGGAGAAAAGGAUCUCUGAGAUUGAAGAUGGUAUCUUUGUUGCACGGGAGAAGGCUCGAGCAGACGCUGAUUUCUACACAGCCCAGCAAGUGGCCGAAGCCAACCGGCUGAAGCUGAGCCCUGAAUAUCUGCAGCUUCUGAAAUAUCGAGCAAUUGCUUCCAAUAGCAAAAUCUACUUUGGGAAGGACAUCCCCAAGAUGUUUGUGGACUUGAGUGCCUUUACACCUGGAGCAGUGAGCAAAGCAUCAGAGGAAGUGAACACAGCGCCCGAGAUUGACAGCAUCCUGAAGGAGUUUGAAGGCAGACUAUAAUAAUGUGAAUGGUUUGGUGGGUACAGCGAGGUAGAAGUCACUGUGAGCUAGCUUGAAUAGCAUUGUGCUGCUUGAAAAAAGGAUGUGGUCCACACUCUUUCUUUUGUUUCCGACUCAUUCUGUCCCUUGACCAGAGCCCCUUCGAUUGGGUUUCCCCACAGUCAGACUGUGACUUGUCCAUCCGCUGUUUGAAAUGUACAUUACUCACCAGAAGUUGCAUCGUGACUCAUGAGAUGAUGGAAGCCAGUCAAGUCCGUUCAGGAAUGUACCUGGUCCCGUGCAAGGUAUUACAGCAGAAUUGCAGCUGCUGCCAAAGCUGUGAAGCCUUGCCUCACAUUCUGUUAAUGGUUUUGGGAACUAUGCUCAUGUGUGUGUAGGAGAGAAUGAGAGAAUGGGGUGACGUGAUACUUGAUAUGUGGACUGGUGAAAGGCUACAGAUAGCAUUGGCACCAGGUCAAUUUUCCUGAGAUUAUCUGGUCUAUAGCAAGGACUUUGAUCCAUCAGCCUAGUUAUCCAGGUGCAUACUCCCCAAUCAAACACUAAAUAAUGGACGUGCACACAUAUUCCAGCUUCAGGGACAAACGCCUUUGCACUGUGUUCUCUGGGUCCAACAGGUGAUUGCACCAAUGACAUAAUGAUUUUUGAAGGGUUCACUGAAUGUUAACUGCUGUGUUUAGCCCAGUUUUUGUUUAUGCAGCAAUCACUUGGCGACUCAGGUUAGGAGUUGUUUUGUCUAACUCUUGGCUCCCCCUAGUAUUUAAACCAGACACCCUGAGCCCCUUCCUUUAUAUCUGCAGGGUGGGUAAUCAUCCGAAACCUUCAAAGAUGUGGUACCUGAGGUAAGCAGAGAGUUUGUGGGAAUCUAAACCCACUUAUCCUGUAAAACAGGUUAACCCUACAGUUCCCUUUAGCCUUGACCAUUUGAUUUCAAAUCCAAUAUACCUCACCACAUAGGGCUUAGUGAAUGUAGCUGACCUUGAGGGGGAGACUGUCCUUCACUCCUCACGAUGGAUAGAGGAGUAAAUUACAGAAGCUCUUUUUUGUGUCAUAUGCCUGCUGCUGGUCUACACGUGACUUGAGAUAAAAUGAAUUAGAUUUUGUGAUGAGGGUGGAAGGAGCUUUUUUCCUUUAGGGAGCAAUUGCUAGUCCUCAAUUUGACUUUCUGUCUGAUUGUGUCGGUAAAUCAUUGGCACAUGAAUCUGUUUUAUUAGCAAGGGAACUGCAAAUGGAUCUGCAUGUCCUGACGCAGAAACCUUGAGGAGUCAUAUUCCCCUCAGCACUCUCUGGCUCUUGUACACUGACAUGUUGCUGCUGUACACAGGCCUGAUUCUGCUUUCAGUUCAUGGGUCAGAUGGUGCUUAGAGUCCCUAGGAAUACAGAGAUUAUGAGGUGCUGCCAUUAUUUCUCAACUGGAUCGAGAAAGAUGAAAUCCCUGUGAAUGAUAGUUUGAGACUGCAUAAUCAACACGUGUGUGAGUGUGUGUGUGUGAGAGAGAUCCACCCUGCCCAGCUUCCCUCUGACACAAUGUGAGCCCUGUGCUGACUCAGACAGUUUCGUGAUUUGUGCCGUUGUUCUUUGUUCCAUAACAUUGCCCCAUAUCCACACUCGCUCCUGCGCUUCCUGUUCCCAGCUUUUGGUUUCUCACAACUCAGUAAAUUGGGUGACUUGCCUGGGUUUAAUCACAGCAGUGUAGUUAUCAGAGGGAAAAUGAGAAGGUUUAAGAGCAGCCGUUAUGAUGGAGGCCCAUACAAGCCAAACUGAAUCCAUGUGGUUUGAUUCCAAGCAGAAAGUAUGUACAAUGUCGUAAUCUCCAAAGCGUGUCGAGUUGGCUACAGAAUUGUUUUCUUGCUGUUGGGCAGAUGAAUAUGAAAUUGAUAUCUUUGUGUUUUUAGAAUGUGAAGAGCAAAUACUAGGAAGGUACGUGAAGCACUUUGGGUUGUGAUUACGAGGAUGGUCUUUCUAAUCAUUGGCUUUAUAUAACUGCCACAGAGCUCAACACCUCAACCUAGCAAGUGAAACUGAAUCUGUUGAUUAGACAGCUCAACUCCCUGAUCAGGAAAUAUUGAUUGAUUUUCUGUUUUAAAACUUCCACGUUAUUUAUUACAAUGGGAACCACCUAUGUAAACAUGUCACAUUGUAAUUACACCCUCGCACCAGUGGAGGCAGUGCAGUGUCUCCAUCGGCAGGAAGAUAAUAUCAUUGUUGUGACAUGCUUCCAAAGGCAACUGCUGUGAUAAAUAGGAAUGAGAAUUAGGAUUCUCUAAAGAAGCAACUGAAAAAGAGAAAUUGUGUCUGUCUAGAUAUGUUCACAGUUAUUUCCCAACUGCCCCAUAGCCAUCGUGUAAAACUGUUUCAUUUGAAAUGCUGUUUUAUUUUCAGAGAAUGUGAAAGGAUCUCUGUGGGUGGAAAGUCACCAAGCUUGUCUCAAACUGACUGCACAUUGCUGAGGGAAGCUGAUACAUUGCUGUUAGCCUGUAUUGUUGCAGACCAUGUGUGAGUGCAGCUCUCAGAGGAAGUCCUGAGGAAUUGGGAGGAUCUCCCACAUCAUGUCUUUGUAAGAACAUCAAGCCUUUGGUUCAAAAUUGAUGCCACCUUCCAGUCCUGUUUCUUAUCAGCCCCUGGGGUGACUAACGGUGGGAUUGAAAUUGAGAAAAUUAGACCAAUGCUGUGUUUCCAAAACGCUAUCUUUAUCCCUGAAGGAAAGUUCUGAGCAGGAUUCUUUGAGUCCAGUGGGCUGGUGAAGACCAUGAGACUGGGGUAAUGCAGAAAGUGCUUGUUUUUGUUUAGAGCCCACACUAGUUUGCUCAGAAAAGAUAAUUGAAUGUGAUGUGAGGUGUGUGUGUUUUUGUUAAAUGAGUGCAAUGUCUCCAGGUAGAGCUCUUGCCCACUGUGAUUUUAUUUGUUAAUUAUUCCUUGUGUGCAUUUGAAAUGUUGAAUUUUUGGGGGAAUUAUUUUUUUGUAAAACUUGAUCUGUUAACUUUUCAGUGUCCUGAUAACCCCAAUAAAAAAAAGUGAUGCCUCAA